UUUCGUGAAUGCUCAGAGAACGAACGACAAAUGGCUCAAUCUCACUUCUUCAAAGUUCAAAUUGAUAAACUUUUAUAUGAUACAUUUCAAUAAUUGAGCAUCACUUAGACCUUACUCAAUUCACAACGUACAUAAUCCACUGUACCAAUUUAUCAACUUAUAUACUCACGCUAGGGUUCCACCCAGCUUUGAAUUAAGGUUCCAUUUCAGAAAUUCUUCAAUUCGAGCAGGGGCCAAGUGGUAGCAGAGAUGGAAGGGGUUAAGGUGUGGUGGAUCAUCAGUGCUGCUGUUCUUCUACUGAUGGUUCCAAGAAUUAAUUCUUGGGGGAAAGAAGGACAUUUUGCUAUCUGCAAAAUUGCCCAGGAAUAUCUAACUGAGGAGGCUCUGAAAGCAGUCCAAGACUUGCUCCCUGCUGAAGCUGAAGGUGAUCUUGCUAAUGUUUGUGACUGGGCAGAUCAAGUUCGGUACCGUGCUCACUAUGGUUGGAGCAGAACUUUACAUUAUGUAGAUACACCUGAUUUUUUGUGCAACUACAAUUAUACCAGGGACUGCCAUGACACCAAAGGGCGUAAGGACAAGUGUGUUACUGCAGCAAUUUACAACUACACAGAGCAGCUAUUGGGUUACUAUAAUUCAAACUCAGAAACAAACUACAACUUGACAGAAGCACUCAUGUUCUUAUCACAUUUUGUUGGUGAUGUCCAUCAGCCUCUGCAUGUAGGUUUCAUUGGAGAUGAAGGUGGAAACACAAUAACAGUCCGAUGGUACCGGAGGAAGACUAAUUUGCACCAUGUGUGGGAUACUAAUAUCAUCGAAACUGCUGUAAAGACAUUCUAUGACUCUGAUCUCACACUGAUGAUACAAGCUCUUCAAAAUAAUAUCACGGAUGAAUGGCCCAUUGAUAUUCCUUUGCAGGAAAACUGCAAUAAGACUGUCUGUCCAGACCCGUAUGCCUCAGAAAGUGUUAGUUUAGCCUGCAAAUUUGCCUACAGAAACGCCACGCCUGGGAGCACUUUGAAAGAUGAAUACUUCCUCUCCCGGUUGCCAGUUGUCGAGAAGAGAUUGGCUCAGAGUGGGGUCCGUUUGGCUGGAAUUCUCAACUCCAUUUUCACUCCAAGGCCAUUAGUUGCACAACUAUGAAGAUAACAGCAGGGAAAGAAUGGGAGAGGGAUGGCAUUGCUGCUAUUAAAAAAUGCAGUCAUGGAUUGGACUGCCAGUGUCAACUUUCCCAGGUUCAAAUUCCCCUUGCCUAAAUAACUACUCUGUUUAAUAUAUGUUUAAUUAUGUACUUCUAUAGGUGUACAGUGUACUAUACAAUAAUACGAUGACAUUCUUAUCGGAAAUCAUACCUAGAAAAUGGGAUUUAGCAUUCUAAGUGUAGUUUGAUGGUAAGUAC